UGUGAACCCCACAUAAGGCGGCAAAAGAGAUAAAUUGUAAAUCCCAUUGUUUUUGAGGUUUCUGACCUAACCCAUCAUUAAGAUUUACAUAUCCUUUCUCUAUCCUUAUUUCUCAUAUCCGUCAAACCCAAGAAGAAGAAAUCACAAUUUUUGUAUAUCAUACCAUCUCUAACAUUGGUUUCUCGUCCUAAAAUAUAUAGGAAAGAAUUAGAGAGAUAGCAUAUACAAGAAUAAUGGGUUAUUGUCCAUGCUUUGACAGGAAGAAGUCAGUCCAAUUGAAGAGAGAAGAAAAACCAGAAUUCAAUUCAUCCACAGUUCUUAACCUGUCUGAAUUCUCAUCUGAUAAACCAAACACAAUAGAACCAUCACUUUUGAUUGAUACUCUUGAAUCUAGUCAUCAAUCACUUUUGAUUGAUCCUCUUGAAUCUGGUCAUAGAUCGAAUGCAGAUCAAUUAAACACAGAGGAAGAGUCAAGACCCGAACCAUCACUUUCGAUUGAUCCUCUCGAUUCUAGUAGUAAUCAAUCCAUUACAUUCAGAUAUAGGGAGCUAGCAAAGACAACAAAUGAUUUUAGGAUCUUGAUUGGUCAAGGAGGUUUUGGCAUGGUUUACAAAGGGAAGAUUGAAGGUACAGGUCAGUGUGUUGCUGUUAAAAGACUAUAUGAGACAAGUUUUCAAGGGGACAAAGAGUUCCUUGUAGAGGUUCUUAUGCUCUCUCUUUUACGACAUCCUAAUCUUGUCCACAUGAUUGGUUACUAUGUUGAAGGAAAUCAACGGCUACUUGUUUAUGAGUUCAUGCCCUUGGGUUCAUUAGAAAUGCAUCUUCACGAACUAGAACCUGGAAUGGAGCCAUUAGAUUGGAACACUAGAAUGAAGAUAGCAUUAGGUGAAAAUAUGCCAACGGUCACAUUUCUUCAAUGGAUAGCUUCAGAGGUUCAGCAUAGCAUUAAAUGCGGUUUAGGCUUUCGAGGCAUGGAGCAGACCGACUCUGAUUUGUCUUUGCUUGAUUAUGCAACUGUCGGUUAGACAGUUACCUGCACCUGGGAGAUUGCUCCUUUGACUUGUACCAAAAUGGUAACUGUUUCUUCAGGCAAUCUUCUGCAGCCUGCAGCAUAUCAUCAGACUUGUAACAAAGUAUUAAUGUCACAGUCUGAUCCUUUGAUGUUAUCUUCUGUAUAUACUCAAAAUGUCUGUUUGCACUAAUUUGUAAAUUGUUCUUUAUUUGAUAUCUUUGACUUCUUUCUUUAAGUAGUCUUAUCGUUGGAUUUGUUCUUUGGAUUUGGAUUGAAUACUUCAUUCCAACUUGACAGGUUAGCCGGUUGUUCAAUUCAACCGGACAACUUUCGGUUC